AUGGCUGAUCCACGCUUCUUUGAAAGAGUUGCUCCUUUAACGCUUAAAGAAAUCGUUGUAAUUUCUGGGGGAGAGCUUGCACAGCCUUUACCCACAGGGAUCACGUUAGAAACCACUAUUGAGGAUGUGGCUCCUUUGGGAGAGGCCCAAAAACACCAUAUCUCUGUGAUGCAUAAUUCAAAGUAUGCUUCUCACCUUAAAGAUUCAAAGGCAGGUGUAUGCAUUUUGGAUGCAGAGCAUAAAGGGCGUGCUCCUAGCACAAUGGCGCUUAUUUUAACGAAGAAGCCUUAUCGCGCAUAUGCCGCUGUAGCUCAAGCUUUUUAUCCCAAUCAGAAGAAUGUAGAGCCUAGUAUUCACGAAUCAGCGUAUGUGCAUCCAUCCGCUGUGAUUGGUGAAAAUGUGACUCUUGAAGCCGGUGUUGUUAUUCAAGAGGGUGUGACCUUAGGGGAGCAGACCAUCGUUCGUGUCGGAAGUGUCAUCGGGCGUGGUGUACAGAUCGGUUCUCAUUGUGAUAUUGGGGAAAAUUGUGUUCUAUCUCAUGCCUUGAUUGGAUCACAUGUUACGAUGGCUCCGGGUAUUAAAGUUGGACAGCCGGGGUUUGGUUUUUACAUGGAUGAGUCUGCCCAUGUGAAUGUUCCACAGUUGGGGCGCGUCAUUAUUAAAGACUAUGUUGAAAUUGGGGCAAAUACGACGAUUGAUCGUGGAACCUCUUCUGAUACCGUUAUUGGUGAGGGAUCUCGAAUCGAUAACCUUGUUCAGUUAGGGCACAAUGUUCACCUUGGUAAAGGAUGUGUCAUUGUGGCGCAG